CCCGCGGGAGGCAGGAUGGCCGCGAAGCCGGCCGAGCUGAUGGGCAUCUGCUCCAGCUACCAGGCGGUGAUGCCCCACUUCGUGUGCGUGGCCGAGGAGUUCCCGCCGCCCGCCCGCCCCGCCAAGGCCCCCAGGGGCAAACUGCGGCGGCCGCGGCAGUCGCGCUUCAAGACACAGCCGGUGACUUUCGACGAAAUCCAGGAGGUCGAGGAGGAGGGGGUGUCCCCUAUGGAGGAGGAGAAAGCCAAGAAGUCUUUCCUGCAGUCGCUGGAGUGUCUGCGGCGGAGCACCAGAACCUCAGUAUCAGCGGGGACCGCCUGCGGCAGGCUGCGCCUCCGCAACAGCCUCGACUCCAGCGACUCGGACUCGGCCUCUGGAGGGCAGCGGGGCCGGCGGGACCCGCGGUCGGCGGGACAUGGCGGGACGCGCGGCGCGGCGCACGGACUGGGCUGCAGGGAGCUGCCCCGCCGCAGGCCCAAGAGUGCCCGAAGCGGGCGGCCGCGUUGGGAUGUUUUCUAA